GAGAUUCUCUUGAAUGAUGGACAUCAAAGUUUUAAUACUAGCAAAUUUAAUGGGUGAAAAUAUUCAUUACAGUGUUAGAAAGCUACUUCAUGUUCAACCCUAGGCAAAGCUUUCUGUCUCUCCAUUCCUAUUGCAUCGGAUCUCACUAUCCUCUUCUUCUUAGUCAAAUCUUCAGAUUGUUAUAUUGAGGAAGCUUCGUUGCAUAUACAAUAGAGAAAAUGGUACUGUUAUUAAUUUAUUACAGGUUUGAGUGAUUGAUCAUUACCUUGUAGAAGUUAGAACGUAAUAACAGAAGGAGCAAUUCUUGACUCUAUGGAAGAUUACAAUUUUUUUGUUGGUCAAGAGUUCCCAGAUGUGAAGGCAUUCCGGAAUGCAAUUAAAGAAGCUGCCAUUGCACAGCAUUUUGAGCUUCGUACUAUUAAAAGUGACCUGAUUCGCUACUUUGCCAAGUGUGCCUCAGAUGGUUGUCCAUGGCGGAUUCGUGCUGUCAAGCUCCCUAAUGCCCCAACUUUUACUAUUAGAAGUAUUGAUGGCACACAUACUUGUGGGAGGAAUGCAAACAAUGGGCACCAUCAGGCUUCUGUUGACUGGAUUGUGAGUUUCAUUGAAGAAAGAUUGCGAGACAAUAUUAAUUAUAAACCAAAGGAUAUUUUACAUGACAUCCAUAAACAAUAUGGUAUAACUAUACCUUAUAAGCAAGCUUGGCGUGCAAAGGAGCGGGGUCUUGCAGCUAUAUAUGGAUCUUCUGAAGAAGGAUAUUACCUACUUCCUUCUUACUGUGAAGAAAUUAAGAAAACAAAUCCUGGAAGUGUUGCAGAGGUGUUUACCGCUGGUGAAGAUAACCGUUUUCAGAGACUUUUUGUUUGCUUUCGUGCAUCAAUCUAUGGUUUUUUUAAUGGUUGCUUGCCAAUUGUUGGACUUGGCGGAAUCCAGCUGAAAAGCAAAUACCUUAGCACAUUGCUUUCAGCAACUUCUUUUGAUGCUGACGGUGGAUUGUUUCCGCUUGCUUUUGGUGUUGUUGAUGUAGAAAAUGAUGAUAGCUGGACAUGGUUCCUGUCUGAGUUGCAUAGGGUUCUGGAGGGGAAUACUGAAUGCAUGCCAGAAUUUAUAUUUUUAUCAGAUGGGCAACAGGGUAUUACGGAUACAGUGAGAAGUAAGUUCCCAAGUUCUUCGCAUGCAUUCUGCAUGCGUCACUUGGCUGAAAGCAUUAGUAAAGAGUUCAAGAACUCUAGGCUUGUCCAUCUUCUGUGGAAGGCUGCAUAUGCUACCACAACCAUUGCAUUUAAAGAAAAAAUUGCUGAAAUAGAGGAGGUAUCUCCUGAAGCUGCUAAAUGGUUACAACAUUUUGAUCCUUCUCAAUGGGCCCUUGUGCAUUUUAAAGGGACACGAUUUGGCCAUCUAUCCUCUAACAUUGACGAGUUCACCAAAUGGAUUCUUGAUGCUCGAGAAUUGCCAAUUAUCCAGGUGAUGGAGCGGAUUCAUAGCAAGCUUAAAACUGAGUUUGAUGACAGGCGGAUAAAAAGCAGCUCAUGGUGCUCUGUACUCGCCCCUUCUGCCGAGAAGCUAAUGAAUGAAGCCAUCAACCGUGCAUCUAUAUAUCAAGUCCUUAGAUCAGAUGAAGUAGAAUUUGAGGUUCUUUCAGCUGAUCGAUCUGACAUUGUAAAUAUUGGCAGCUAUAGUUGUUCCUGCCGCGAUUGGCAGCUAAAUGGUAUUCCUUGUUCCCAUGCUGCUGCUGCUCUUAUCUCAUGUGGGAAGGAUGUCUAUGCAUUUACCCACAAGAGUUUUACUGUUUCAAGUUACAGGAAUACCUAUGCAGAGAGUAUACACUACAUCCCAGCAAAACUUGAAUGGAGUAAAACAGACAAGUCUUCUAUGGAUGAUAAUAUCCUAGUUGUACGGCCACCAAAAUUACGGCGACCACCGGGACGCCCUGAAAAAAGGAUGUGUCUGGAUGAGGUUAGUCGUGAGAAACAUACAGUGCACUGUAGUCGGUGCAACCAAACUGGACAUUACAAGAGAACCUGUAAAGCAGAAAUGAUUAAUAGUAUAGAGCAGUUUUAAUUGUCUGAUUUUGUAUUAUGUAGUUCACCUAAGAACUAGUUUAGUUUAUUAACAUCUACAGGGACAUACCUCAGAUUCAGAUAAUGUAGCAUAGAUAUGUAUGUAUUAAAUCGCAUCCGCUGGGGUAGCAGAAAUGAAGUUGGUUUGUGCU